UGUACCAUUUAGUUCUACAUCUGCAGAAAGCCCACACGCACAGCCUCCUGUGGGGCCAAUUUAGUCGAGUCUUUGCGCGGUCACGUCGAAUCCGCGGUCCCGACAUGUCGACUGCGCGCCGCAGUCAAACCAGCUGCAAACAGGGAAACAAACGAGCUGCUGCAGUGAACGGAGCCGGUGGAGCAGAGGACCGCUCGGUGUUUUACACACAAGGACCUGCUUGAUGGAUCUAAACCAGUGUGGCAAUUUAUUUUUGAAAUAACAAAAUUUUCUCUGGCUAAUGAAUUAAAAAAACAACAACAAAACAAUUCCAUGUUAUUUGUCAUAGAAAGGGUUGGUUUGUUCUUUGAAAUGUGUCUGGAAAUGAAUUAAGAAGCUGAACAUUUUCAAGGGCGAAAGAAGAAUAAAAGAGACCUCCAGCAGAAGGCUGAGAGUGGGACAUACUCUCCGUUUGGAGGUGGGAUUUGUUUUUGACAAUGGAACCAUCAGGAGGUGGAGGAAAAUCAUAUAAUGAUUUUUAAGUGACAGUUCAGACCCAGAAGAGCACAUACAACAGUUGCCGGCAAAUGUGAAUACUGUGAGAAAGAGCAGCACCAUACGGGAGCGUACCCAUUUUGUGGAUUUUUCGUUCUCUAAUGUGGAUCUAUUGCUUUAGCACCACUACUGGGACAAAAAAUGUACCUAUUUCCUUCACAGAUUGCCUGUGUAAUGGUUUACUGCAUUAUAAUAUCAUUGCUCUGAGAUGCUGUGGAGAAAUGUCUACAUUUAAGAUGCAAACACCUCUUGGAAGAGGAUAUGUAAGAAACACCUUUCCAAAAACUGCAACGACUGAUUGCAUACUAAGGUUUCCAAUCCAUUAUUUCUUCAUGCCUGUCUUCCUGCUGGUCUUCUCCCUGGUUACACCUGCCUAUGCCAUUCAUGUGGAGUCCAUCGAGAGCCACAGUGAGUUUACCUGUGAGCCCAUCAGACUGAGAAUGUGCCAGGAUCUGCCUUACAACACAACAUUCAUGCCCAAUCUUCUGAACCACUAUGACCAGCAGACUGCUGCACUAGCAAUGGAGCCUUUUCAUCCAAUGGUAAACCUGGUGUGCAGUGCUGAUCUGAGGAUGUUCCUGUGUGCACUAUACGCUCCAGUCUGCACUGUGUACGGCCACGUUUCCAUGCCAUGCCGAUCCCUUUGCCAGCGGGCCAAGGAUGAGUGCCACAAACUCAUGGAAAUUUUUGGCGUAGCCUGGCCAGAUGAUAUGGAGUGCAGCAGGUUCCCAGAUUGUGACGAGCCCUAUCCUCGUCUAGAGGACCUGCUAACAGGCUCUGAACCCACUGACCAAUCAUCAAUGACCGUCCAAAGAGAUUAUGGUUUCUGGUGCCCCAGAGAGCUCAAGGUCGACCCAGACCUGGGUUACACUUUUAUGGGCAGGAAGGACUGUUCUGCCCCAUGCCCCUCAAUGUUCUUCAACCAGCAGGAGCUCACCUUCAUCCGAUACUUCAUUGGAGUCGUUUCCAUUGUUUGUCUGUCUGCAACACUCUUCACCUUCCUGACAUUCCUGAUUGAUGUUACAAGGUUUCGGUACCCUGAGCGACCAAUCAUCUUCUAUGCUGUGUGUUACGUCAUGGUGUCGCUGGUGUUUUUCCUGGGUUUCCUGCUGGAAGGCAGGGUCGCGUGCAACCCUGUCAGCCCUUCCCAGUUCAGAGCAUCCACCAUAACACAGGGCUCACACAAUAAGGCAUGCACCCUGUUCUUCAUGGUUUUGUAUUUCUUCACUAUGGCCGGCAGUGUGUGGUGGGUCAUACUGACAAUCACUUGGUUCUUGGCUGCUGUGCCUAAAUGGGGCAGCGAGGCCAUUGAGAAGAAAGCCCUCCUCUUCCAUGCGAUUGCCUGGGGCCUCCCAGGGGCCCUGACCGUCACCCUGUUGGCCCUGAAUAAAAUCGAGGGAGAUGGGAUCAGUGGAGUGUGUUUCAUAGGGCUGUAUGACAUAGACGCCCUGAGGUGGUUUGUUCUGGCACCGCUCUGUGUCAAUGUGGCGGUUGGCGUCUCCCUGCUUUUAGUGGGCAUUGUCGCUCUGAACAGGGUGCGCAUGGAAAUUCCUCUGGAGAAGGAGAACCAGACCAAACUAGUCAAGUUCAUGAUCCGGAUGGGAGUGUUCUCUGUGCUGUAUCUGGCUCCCUUGUUCACUGUGAUUGGCUGCUACAUAUACGAGCACACAUACCGGAAGAUCUGGGAGAAAACAUGGAUGGAGAACAACUGCAGGCGUUAUCACAUCCCAUGCCCAUACAAGGUUGAGGAGACCAGCAGACCGGCCAUGGUUUUGUUCCUAAUUAAAUAUCUGAUGAUGCUCGUGGUGGGGAUCCCUUCUGUUUUCUGGGUGGGCAGCAAGAAGACCUGUUUUGAGUGGGCCAGUUUCCUACAUGGGCGCAGGCGCAAAGACAGUGGGGUGAAUGAGUCUCGCCAGGUGCUGCAAGAGCAGCCGGACUUUGCUCAGUCUCUGCUGCGUGAGCCCAACACCCCCAUCGUUAGGAAGUCCAGAGGGACAUCCACUCAGGGCACUUCCACACACGCCUCCUCCACCCACUUAGCUGUUCUAGACGACCUUGAUGAACCAGUUAGAACUCACCACGGGCACCCCUCCUCCACCAGGAGUAAGGCCAGCAGCGUCCACAGCAAGGCCAGCUACCACAGCAGCCUGCGGCGCACUCGAGAUGACAGGAGCGAUACCGUGGUUUACCGAGGUACAGAGGACCGCAGUUUCCAUGGCAGCAAUCCACGUCUCGACCAUCCGCUUUCCACUCACAGCAGCCUCCAUCAGAUAGACAGCCACUCGAGGCACAGCAGCCAGCGAGACGUGUCUGUGGCCCCACCUACCCUCAUCACACAUGGAACAACGGCGAGUGACGGCCGAGCGGCUGAGAACGAAGGCACCAACGCCUGAGACACUGGAUCAGUGAAAGGAUGGAGACGUGAAGCAGAUACACAGCAGUCUGUUUGUUUUCUUUUUUGAGGAUGGGGAAUGUGUCUCUGAGUGCUGUGUUGGUAAUCUGUGGUUGUUUGUGAGCAGUAACCAUGACUCCUCUAAAUUUUGAUGGAGUUUGGCUGUAAGGUGGACCAGUUUGCUCACUGAAUUAUUUUGAGUUUACACCUGGUCUGCUUGAUUCAACAGGCUGAGCCAACAGGAAUAAAUCCCCGUCCUCUUUUGGUGACACUCGAGACAUUAUUCAGGGAAAGCUAGCAAUGGAAACAAACAGACACUGACAAAGGUGUCUCUCAGUCUGGUUGAUAGUGGCAUCAUCCAUAUAUUGGUGAUCAUCUUUCAGGACCUAUAUGAAUAUAAUGUUAAAUACCCGAACACUGCCGACUCCACUGCUCUGGAUUGCAGCUCUUAAUGAGUGAUGUUUGUCUUUGCGUGGCUUCAGAAAAUGGAAAAAAAAAUGGGCCUAAUGUGAAAUUAUGGACCUCUCUGUGGUUUGAGAUAUUUUUAUACUGUGAAGUUUGUCUUCUGCUGCUGGAAGCUUCAUUGUGUGUGUGUGUGUGUGUGUGUGUGUGUGUGUGUGUGUGUGUGUGUGUGAGUGUGAGUGAAAGUGGGAAAUGGAGACAUGACUAGUGAUGUGUUUUUAAAUUUUAACUCUCCCCUUGAGCUUGAAGGAGGGAGCUGAAAGACGAAACGUUUUCCACCCAUGAAUGUAAAAGGGUUGUUUCAGAGAGUGAUAAAAUAUGGCCAUGGCUGUAAUGGAUGAUCUGUGCUCUUAUUUACAUGCACAGAUAUUUAUUUCAAGUCAGCCAAAAAAGUAUUUUAGUACUGACAUAUACAAUAUAAAAGAUGGACAUAGCUACCAUGUAAUCACCCACUAGUUUGUGAAGUCCCACCUUGAAGCUUCGAUGAGCCAUCUUGCUGUUGAAACUGGAUGUGAUGGAAGAAAGCCGGUUUGACCGUGAAACUACACUCAUUGGCUAACAUCCUGUCAAUCACAAGUUAUCAUUAUUAUUAUUAUUAUUAUUAUAAUAUCACAAGUUAUUUUUAUUCAGCGUUAUCUCAAAUGAGUGGCUGAAACAAUAAACCCAGCAGGAAAGUGUUUCCAGAGGUCAGCUCAGAAAGCCCCAAGUUUUUUUUUGGCCACCACAGCUGUCGCCCCCUGGUGACCGUAAAACAGAUUGCAGGUUUAAGGCAUUCACAACUGGAAGCCACGUCCAUCUUUUAUACCGUCUUCUGAACUGUCUGCACUGAGACUUGAACCUGGCAAAGAAGCGAUAAGGCAACUUUUUAAACAAGCGAGAUAAUAAUUUACACAACAAAUGCAUGCUCAGUGUUUUAUAAGAAUAAACUAAAUAGCAGGUAAAAAUCUAAAAUAUGCCUCCUGUGGCUUUACAAUCCGAUUAACAUACAACCCCGUGUUUUUUACCCUCUGAAAAAGAAAGCUGAUUGACGUUAGGUAAGAACAAAAUAUGUGCAUUCAAACCCCAUGACUGCACAGAUAGGACUGUAAUUUUAAAUGGAAACAGAUAGCAGUGCUUCACAUGGGUUUCCUUUAGGAAGGAAGUGGAUUUUUUUUUUUAAUGCAAUAAUCACCAAUGUACUAUAUAAACACCAAAACUGCUCCUGUACAUGCUUCUGUGAUCAUCUGUAGUCCUGUUCCUCAGGCUCAAACUUGCCCAAAGAGGUGCAGACAACUGACAGUCCAACAUUAGAAAAAGAAAUGUUCAGUCAUUGUGCUUCAUGUUCUCUGACAUUUAUUUUCUACUCUGAGCAAAAAGAAAUGAAUAUUGUUUCAUGUUCAUGCAGCUCCGUUUGGUCCCUAAUCCUAGAAACCUGAUUAACCUACCUCACCUGGACCCUCAGCUUUCUCUGUAACUGUACAUUCAUGUUACUGGGUGCUGUUUUUGGAAAGAUACUGAUCCUAAACCUAACAUGAUCAGUUCUGAUAAAAAAUAACAUGUGGUGCUUAUUUGUGAAGAAUCUAAUCUCUCCUCGCAGUAGAAUAUCUGUAACUGUCUGUCUAUCCCACAGUCUACCUCUUCAGUUGAAGCCAGGCUUAUCCUCUGCCUUUCGCCGUUGCCUCGCUCCUCUCAUCUCUGUCUUGUUUUAAAUUUCUCAUGAGCAGCUAUGUGCUGUCAGCUUGUCUGCCUGCAUAUUUCUUGUACAUAGAUUUUUUUUUUUAUAAAUUCUGUACUGUGUGAUGACUAAUCUGCCUCACAUCUGCCUCCUCCUGUAAAUGUGCCCACGCUAAUCUUUUUUUGGACCUACAGCAACUGUCUGUACUCUUACAAGUCGUGACUGCUUACAAACAUCAACCGUUGUGCUUUUUACCUCCAAAUUAGACGUUGCAGUGAGAGACGCUGUCGUAAAUAUGUCAUAAACUCAACAUAAGGAGAGACGAUCUUGCUCAGCUGUUUGACGUCUUUUUCUUGUUCACUUACGUUAACAUUAAUCCCCCACAGUGAGACACGAGGAGGAUUUCUGUCAUCCAGUGAUAUAGCUUCAAAGUGAACUACAUUAGCUUGAAAACACAAUGGAUUUUUAAUGAUGCUUAAAAAAAAUGUGUAAGAAUUUUGUGAAUUUUGAAACUUGAGCUGUCUUUGCCUUUUAAUUUAUUUGCAGUUUGGAACUGUAACGAUGUCUUAUACAUGCAGUCUAAUAAACUUUUUUUUAA